GUAUGCAAAUUUUCCCCUGCAAAGUAAGUCCCCAGUGAGAGCCAGAACCCGGAAGUGACAAUUCACAAAUUGUUUUUACUUUCGUUCUGCGUCAAAUUUUAGGGCGUAGAAGUUAACUUUUGGGUAAGAUAUGCGGAAGGGAUGAUUUUUGGCACCUUAUAAACUUAAAUGGAAAUUCUGCUUGGCGUUUUGUUGACAUCUUGAGCCCGAAACGUGGACUUGGGUCGGAGAACUCUUCUCUUGAUCAGGAAAUCAUUUCCUUGCAGUAAAACUUGUUUUUGUCGUGGCAAGAACUCACCUAGAACUUCAGCAUGGAGGAUGGAGACGAUAUCUACGACGAUCCCAAAAGUCUCCAAAGCAACCAGACGUCUGUGAAAGCCAUUGCACAGAUGUUUGCCAAGCAGCAAGUUGAGCCUGUGAAGCCUGCUCCCCAGCCUAUUGUACCCAAGAAAACAUGGAAGCCUCCCGUAAACACCGGAGGCACCGCCACCCCCAUCAUCAUGAUGAAACCACCGACAACAAAAAAGCCAGACGUUGCCUCUAAGCCGGAGCCACACCCCCACAAGCCUGCUGUUCCAAAGAGAUUGCCAGGACCUCGUGGUAUGAAAGCCGGUGUGGGCAUCUCGAUGGAUGAACUGAAACAAACGAUUCAGAAGAAGUCAACUGGAUCUCACUCGGAUCUGACGGGAUCAAAGCCGCAGGUUCCGCGCAGGUCUCCUCAGACUGCGGUCAGCCCGACGGUCCCGCGAAUCCCCCCCAAGCACGUGAACAACAGUCCUAAAGCGGCACAUGACAACGAGAGAAUACCAGUGCCCAACCAACGCGCAAGUCCAACAGAAAACAACAGUGAAAAGGGCGCCCUACAGCCGCUGCCGCCAUUGGAGGUUCUCGGAGAGCCACCCAAGAAGCCGGCGCGGCCACCAGAGGUACAGCUGCCUGAGGUCCAUGCGGAGGGACAGAACCGGAGAUCACUUCCUCCUCCCCCAACUGGUCCUGAUGAAGUGUUUGAGGAGGAUGAAGAUGGUGACAUGUAUGAAGAUGUGGAGACAGCCAGGGCACGGCUCAACAAGGAAAGGCAAGAGGCAAGCGAGGAAAUACAACCCAUGGAGGAUGAAGAGGAUGUGUACGAGGAUACAGAGAACCGCCCUCCCCCACUGCCUAGUCCUAGAACACCUGGUCUGCCCAUGCCGUCUCCUGUCCCGUCUGCCCUGCAUGGGAUGGGUCUCCCUGCCACACCCAGACAUGAGGAACCUGAACCUGACAAUGAUGAAACAUAUGAUGACAUUUGUCCUAACAAUCAGCAGAGAAGAAAUGAGAGUGAGGAGGAAGGUGAGGAUGAGGACUUGUACGAGGGGCUGGAUGAAGUUCAAGAGCAGGUCUCACAGCUGGAUAGAAGGAUGGGGACUUUCUCUCACCUUACCUCUCGCCUCUGGGGUUCCAAUGGGCAAGUCUCAAAGGGUGCCUGUGGUAAAAGUGAGUCGACAGAAGAUAUCCUGGACAAGGACAAGAAGGCUCGCAAGAAGGAUGAGAAACUGCGGAAGGAACAGGAGAGAAGGGAGCAGAAGGAGAAGGAGGAGAGGGAGAAACGGGAGAAGAAGGAGCAGAAGAGGAGAGAGAAGGAGGAGAAGGAGGUCAAGAAAAAGUUCAAGCUCCGUCCCGAUGACAGACUGGAGGUGCUGAGCAAAGGUCGAGUAUUACACGGCCCCGACAAGACGACAAAACACGACAAGAUGGACCUGCUGGUGAAGGAGGGAGAACUGCUGACCGUGGUGAAAAUGGAGGACUGUCCGGAGGGCAAGUGGCUGGCCAGGAAUGAAGAUGGCAGAUAUGGUUACAUCGUAGCUAACAGUCUGGAGAUGGACACACAUACAGGAAAGAGUUCUAGCAGCAGCUACUUGGGGGUGGAAGAGGAUGAUGAGGGGACUUAUGACGAUUGCAGACCAAGGGAAGAAGAAGAAGAAGAAGAUGUGUAUGAGGAGUUCUAACAAUGACAACUGCACAGGACUACAUACUGGUCAGUAGCUUGGUCAUGGGUGCGUCCAGGGAAGCAAUCAAGGGCCAACAGAGCUAGUCUAAGAAUAGGAUGAUACAAGGCCUUAGCACUAGUAGCACUUGAUGAAGUAGCCAUAUCAAAAUUAUCUUUUAAGUUAGAAUGUGUAUAACCAAGAGUAAAACUCAUUGGGCUUGUAUAUACUUAUAUAUUGAUCAACUAAAAGGUGCAUGGUGUUUGAAUUUUUUAAAUUGUGUAAUGCAGAUCAAAUGUUAAUGAUCAUGCUAUUGUGGAAAUGGUGAUAUUGACACCUUUCACUGCAAUUUUGAAGUAAAAAAAAGUUGACAGUACUAGUAAGUACUACAUUUGUACAUGUGUGCGGUGUAUGUUCAAACUUUCACAGGGUUUUAAAAACACAGUGACAAUCUUUUAGGUUAACAAGAAACCUUUAGCAGCGCACAUGAUACUUUGACAGUAUUUUCUGGUUAAGUGCCGUAAAUUGUAAAUUAACAAAAAUGCCUAGUAUGUAAAAUGCUCUUAUUGGUAAUCUCUUUAUAUUUAAUGCUCUUUUAUAAAAGCUGUCAAUGGAUUUACUAAGUCUGGAAGUUUUAUUACUAUUGCGAUCUGCCAUCUCAACAAUAAGACAAAUCAUAUCUAAAAAUUUAGCUUUAUCUGACUUUAAAAAUUGUAUUUGGUAAUAAAUUCAUUAUUUUAUGAUAACCAAUAGAUAGCCUAACAUUUAAAUGCAGUAGACAAAGGUAAUAUGUAUGGAGAAUUUCAUAUGGUAAAAUCAAUGGCAUGAAAACAUUUGAUGAAAAUAUAUAUUUGACUUUAUUGUAAAAAUAUUGUAUAUCGUCUUAACAUAUGCAUUAGAAAGCAAUGUAAUUGCAUGGCAUUGCAUUAUAUGACAUCACAAAUAACAUUACUGAGUGAAUUGAAUUUGCUUACAUAUUUUCUCUUGCACUUGUAAUACUAAAUAUAACAGUGUACUGACAUUGUAUUCUGCUUUCGAUGCAACAGUUAGGUUCAAAAGAAUGAUGAAUACUUAGUUAGGGCUUGUUUUCAGACAGCCUGUUCUUAAAUUUAGAGGAGGAUGGCUGUCGAUUGAAGUUAUCUGGAUACACUAUUGAAUAGAAAGCACAUUAAGUACUCUCCAAUCAGAGUUAAGAUGCGUUGAACAAUUCAUAUCAGUCUUACUUGCUUUAAAAUCAUAUUUUGUACAUCAAUUAUGUAACACCGAAAUGUAUUACAGUGUCCCAAUGCUGAAUUGUAAUUAAUAACAGUUGCACUGAAUUCAAGGUGACUAAGCAUUUGGACGUGGAAGAUUCGUAAGAGAAAGUGGGAAAAUUGAUAAACUAUGUUCUCUUGGUAUUUGAUAUUAAAAUUGUACGACUGAGAAUUUGUAGACCUCACCAAAAGGUGACAGAUGUAGUACAUGGUGAGCAUGUACAUGAGACAAUUUGGUUGUGAUAGUCUACACUCUACAGCUUGUAUCUUAAAUGUAGUUUGUUGGUUUGUCAAUUGGGCCUAUUAAGUAGAAUUGUUAUGUGAUGUCUUUGGUCUUUAUUUGUAAACCAGAUUUACUGACUUAAAUAUAUUACAGUUGAUAAUCACAUAUUCAUUGGUAUUGUUAAAUGUUAAGGCAUUUUAGUGAUACCUUGUAUUAUCAGAAUAUCAGUUACAUUUUCACCCCAUAAUCAUAUAUUCCAUUUUGUUCAAUAAACAGAUUUCUAAAAUUUUGAAAA